GGUAAUCCGGGCAGGUUCUGUGAUUGUGAAUCAGUGAUUUUCGCGUUUCUGUGAUUUUGUUUUGUUUUGUUUUGUUUUAAAUUAAAGGAUGCAGUUUAAAACUGCAGUACUAAAUUUCCUGUUGCGAUGUAUGCAAAUUCUCGUGGCUCCAUUUUUCUGGAUAAGAGCUCGACUUCCCACGAAAAAGCUGCCGCCUCCUACUAGUAAACUUCUGGAGUACAGCGCCUCGCAGUUAGCUGUCAAAAUACGACAACGAGAGCUAGCCAGCUAUGACGUUAUUCGAGCUUACAUAGAGCGAAUUCAGCAGGUGAAUCCGCAACUUAAUGCAGUGGUCGAGGAUCGCUUCGAACAAGCUCUUGUCGAGGCAAAAAGAGCUGAUGAGGAAAUUGCCGCGUGCAGCUCUGUAGAGAAAUUAGCUCUUGAAAAACCAUUAUUAGGCGUUCCUUUGACUGUUAAAGAGAGUUGCUCUGUCGAAGGAAUGAAAUAUACUGUCGGAUCUCUGCCGCGCAAAAACAUAAGAGCUGCCAAUGACGGCGGAGCAGUUGCAAAUUUAAGACGUGCCGGAGUUAUUAUUCUGGCCGUAACGAAUACUCCCGAAUACUGUAUGUGCUGUGAAACAUAUAACAGCGUUACUGGAAGAACAAAUAACCCCUAUGAUUUACGAAGAUCGAGUGCUGGAUCUUCUGGUGGAGAAGGUGCUUUAUUGGGAUGUGGAGCAUCGUGUGUUGGCGUUGGUUCUGAUAUCGCAGGCUCGAUUAGAAUACCAGCCAUGUGGUGCGGUAUAUUUGGACACAAACCAAGCGCAGGAAUUAUACCAUUGACUGGGCACUUUCCAUUAUCAAAAGAUCCAGAUUUUGCAAAUUACCUAACAAUAGGUCCAAUAGUAAGAUAUGCUGAAGACUUGACUCCUAUGAUGUAUGUUAUGUCUGGGGACAACGCGCCCGCUUUACGACUGUAUGAAAAGGUGGAUUUGGCUAAAGUUACAGUAUACUUAAUGAAAGAUUGCGGAGCGAAAAAACUAACUUUGCCAGUUCAAAGUGAAAUUGGCAUUGCUAUCGAUAGCGCUGCUAAUUAUUUGAAAAACGUAUGCAGCAAAGUAGAAGAGGUGAGAUUUACAGAGAUGAAGUACUCGCUUCUUUAUAGCCUUGUACUAAUUUUGGGUACGUCUCAAAUUCCGAACGUUUUACAAGAUGAUAAUGAUCCAAAGAAAAGUAAAAACGUUUUCUGGGAGACAAUUAAAUUCAUAUUUAGACUGUCAAAAUACUCAGGACCGGGAUUAGCGUUCUCUUGGCUGGCUAGAUGUAGUACUAGUAUUAUAACACCUUCUAUGUUGGAAACCAACAAAAUUAGAGUAGCUGAAUUGAAGAAAAAAAUUACGAGUACUUUAGGGGAAGAUGGUGUAUUGUUAUACCCAAACUUUCCUACUUCAGCCGUUUUGCAUUACGAAUCAUACGCAAAAUUAAUUGGCGCUAUUUACACUGUGAUAUUUAAUAUUUUGGGAUUGCCUUCAUCUAGUGUUCCCAUGGGAAGAGAUUCAAAAGGAAUGCCUAUUGGAAUACAAAUUGUCGGUGCUCCAAAUCAAGAUAGACUUUGCAUAGCCAUAGCACAAGAAUUAGAAAAAGGUUUUGGAGGUUGGGUUCCACCGACAUAUUCUAUAUGACAAUUUUAAUACUUCGAUUUAAGUCAUUUAUAUUU